AAUUCUCGUUAUUUUCUGUUCUGUUUUGAAAGCUUAAGUUUCGUUUGACCUUUAAAUAAAAAAUUAAAUUAAAAACCUAUGCAAAGUUAAAUUGGUUCACUUCAGCUGUUGAAAGAGAACCAAAUUAAAAACACUGAGGAUGAUGACCACAUGUGUUGGGUUACUAAAAUUAGGAAGAGGGGUACGAUUUCCAGUAAGAUUUUUAGCCUCUAGACCAGAUAAAAAGCAGCAUGAUAGGUAUGCCGAAAGAAUUUCAGGGAAAACGGUUUCCAGAAUAGUCAAAGAAACGAAAGAAGAUGAAAUGCUUGAAUAUGGGGGAUCAUACGAAAAGGAUCCUAUGGAUGAGCUUUUAAACACUUACGAACAUGUAGGAUAUGAACGCAGUAGGAUGAACCAAAAAAUUUUCCACAAAAAAUACGUAGAGAGCACCCGUGAGGCCAACCUCCUAACAUGGCAGGCAAAGCAACAAAUCAUUCACCUGUGUACGAAAGAGGAUUGGUCCCCUCAGGAGAUAGCAGAGAGCUUUCCCAUCAGCGCAGGGAACGUCAGAAAACUUUUGCACAGCAAAAACGCAACCUUAACCCCAUCAGAAAUUGUACAGCAUGAUAAGAAAAUUAUGAGGAAGUGGCAGAGACUGCUGGAGGCGGGAAACAAGUUGGGUAAAGGUCCCAUUGACCCGGAACUGAAGGAGAUUGUUGAGAGUGAAAGAAUUAAACUUCUCCAUAAUGCUGCUGGAGCAUCAAAUCUUCCUGUUCCCGUUCCCAAGGAAGAAGAAGCAAGAGAGGAAAAUAGCCAUCUUGAUUUAUACACAUUUCAUUACAUAGAUGCUAACAUGAAAAAGAGGGAUUUGAAAAAGCACAAGAAAUUUGAAGGACAAUUCAUGAAACUGUACCAAAUAUGUCACAAAGAUUCUCAACCAGUACAAGAUGCAAGUGUAGAUCAAAAUGAAACCAAACUUUUGGAAAAGGAGUUGGAAAAGCUGAAAUUACUUCAAGCCCUGGCAAAAAAUUAUGCAAAUGAACAAAGUGAAGAUAAGGAUGAACAAUGUGAUGCUUUGUCAAACAGAUAUGGAAGUCACAACUUAUCAAAUAAAGUGGGUCGCCCUUGCUCCAAGUUAUCGUUUGGUCCGGGAAACUUUGUAUGUCGCUGCAAUGCCUCAUAUUGUGAUACAGUUGAACCUAUAGAGCCCCUGACGUCUGGAAGCUUUGCUCUGUACACGUCCAACAGCAAUGGAAGUCGAUUGGUAAAAAGCGUGGGUAGCCUCUCCAAAUCUACAGCGGGUGUUGUGGUUAGAAUAGACACAAACACUAGCUACCAGUCUCUGUUUGGUUUUGGCGGGGCUUUCACUGAUGCUGCAGCCAUCAACAUUGCUAAUUUGUCAUCUGGCGCGGCAAAUUACGUCAUUGACUCCUAUUACGGGCCCCAUGGGAUAGAGUAUUCCGUCGGCCGGGUGCCUAUAGGAAGCUGUGAUUUCUCUACACAUCCCUACUCGUAUGAUGAUGUUGACGGAGACUUUAAUUUGACCAAGUUUCAACUCGCCAAAGAAGAUUUGACUCUAAAGAUUCCACUUAUUCAAAGAGCGAUAUCUGUCAGUAAGAGGAACAUCUCGUUUUUCGGAAGUCCUUGGACAGCACCUGCAUGGAUGAAGACGAACAACAACCUGACUGGGAAAGGCUCUAUACGGGGAGAGGCGGGCAACUCUUACCACAAAGCCUGGGCUCUGCAUUUUGUCAAAUUCCUCGAUGCAUACAAGCAACACAACAUCAGCUUUUGGGGACUGACUGCCCAGAAUGAACCAACAGACGGGAACAUUGACCAUUUUCCAUUCCAAGCCACUGGCUGGACGCCUGAGCAACAGCGAGACUUCAUUGCCAAGGACCUAGGGCCGACGCUUCAUGCGAAUGGUUACAAGGACAUCAAACUAAUGAUGCUAGACGAUCAAAGGCUUCUGAUGACAUAUUGGGCUGACACGAUUCUCACGGAUCCAGAUGCCAGCAAAUACAUUUCCGGUGUUGCAGUUCAUUGGUAUAUGGAUGCUAUAUCCCCCACGUUUGCGCUUGACUACGUCCAUAAAAAGUUCCCGGACCAUUUCAUGUUUGGAACAGAGGCCUGUUAUGAUACGAUCAUCCAUCCCGUUAACCUUGGAAACUGGAAACACGCGGAGGGAUAUGCUAAUGAUAUAAUGCAGGAUCUGGAACACUGGGUCACGGGGUGGACGGACUGGAACCUUGCCCUCAAUAUGGAGGGAGGGCCAAACUGGGUACACAAUUAUGUCGACAGCCCCAUCAUCGUCAAUGCGGAGAAGGACGAGUUCUACAAACAGCCUAUGUUCUAUGCAAUGGGACACUUUAGUAAAUUCCUUCCCCCUGGAUCUCUUCGAAUUGGACACACAGUUAAAGGAUCAGUUCCAAAGGAUAUCAAGAUCUUGAGUUUUAAAACACCAAGCAAAUAUUUCGUGAUAGUUAUCCUAAAUAAAUCCAACACCGACUUCAAAUUGUGUGUGCAGAUCCCUUCAGGUGAAUGCAUAAACAUUACGGCAGCACAGCACUCCAUUAUUACUGUAGUCACAAGUACUUCAAAAUGAGAGAGAGAGAGAGAGAGAGAGAGAGAGAGAGAGAGAGAGAGAGAGAGAGAGAGAGAGAGAGAGAUUUCUUUUAAUAUGAAAUAGAAAUUGUUGUAAAUAAAAACAUGUCGCAAAAACGCAGACCAAUA